AUGGAUGGGUCUCCGCGUAUUAGACGACACACCGAGCAUAUUCAACCACCACAAUUUGUAACUGCUGCUUCCUCGGGCCAUAGAACAACAUCAUCAUCAUCAACAACUACUACUUCAUUAUCUCAAUCUCCAAUCAAAAACUCGAAUAUAACACACAAUUUUCAUUUUCGAAAAGAUUAUGACUCAAAAUACGAUUUUCGCGGAUCCGUUUUUCGACAUGUCAGAUCAAAAUCCGAUAUAAAUCAGUAUUCACACAACUCCCGCACAACAUCCUCAACGACGACGCCGCUGCCGACGAUAUCCGAUCAAAAGAAAAAUAAUAGUCACAUCAGUCCACUAAAAGCACUGACUGUGAAACUCUCAACAACUUAUCAUCGUGUUAAUCCCAAUUUUCGGUAUGAAAAUGCCCAGAAUCCGCGUCGGGUUUUGACUAAACCGUCAAAAGGUGUGAAAAACGAUGGGUAUGAUAAUGAGGACUCGGAUUAUAUACUCUAUGUGAAUGAUAUACUGGGUAAUGAGGAAGGUCAAAAAUACCUAAUACUGGAUAUACUUGGCCAAGGAACUUUUGGUCAAGUGGUGAAAUGUCUCAACUUCAAAACAAAAGAAGUAGUCGCCGUAAAAGUAGUAAAGAACAAACCUGCAUAUUUUAAUCAAAGUAUGAUGGAGGUAGCAAUACUGGAGUUGCUGAAUCAACAAUGGGAUGCGCAAGAUGAACAUCAUAUAUUGCGCCUACGUGAUACUUUUAUACAUAAGAAACAUUUAUGCUUGGUGUUUGAACUACUGUCGGUGAAUCUAUAUGAGCUGAUUAAGCAGAAUCAGUUUCGUGGACUGAGCACGAAUCUUGUAAGAGUAUUCACCGCGCAGUUAUUGGAUUCUUUGACGGUUUUGAAUGAAGCACGGAUAAUCCAUUGCGAUUUAAAACCGGAAAAUGUGUUACUAAAAAAUCUCGAAUCACCGACUAUUAAAGUUAUUGACUUUGGCUCUGCGUGCCACGAGCGCCAGACUGUAUACACAUACAUUCAAUCUCGAUUUUAUCGAAGUCCUGAAGUUUUAUUGGGUUUACCAUAUUCAUCAUCAAUUGAUAUGUGGUCAUUGGGUUGUAUUGCUGUGGAAUUAUUUCUCGGGUUGCCUCUGUUUCCGGGCAGUUCAGAAUACAAUCAAGUAUCUCGUAUAGUGGAGAUGCUUGGUGUUCCACCUCCAUACAUGAUAGAAGUAGGGAAGACCGCGCAUGAAUACUUUGAACGUUACACAAAUGAGCACGGUCAAAAAAAGUAUCGUCUAAAGUCGAUGGAGCAAUACAUGCGAGAACACAAUUGUGUCGAACAACCCUCAAAAAAAUAUUUUUCCGCGACAACACUGCCAGAAAUUAUUCAGAGUUAUCCUAUUACAAGGAAAGGUCUCACUCAAAAAGACAUCGAUAAAGAAAUGCAAAAUCGAUUGGCAUUUAUUGAUUUCGUUCAAGGAUUAUUGAAUUUGAACCCGAUUGAACGUUGGUCCCCUCAACAGGCCAAAUUACAUCCUUUUAUUACAGGAGAAAAGUUCAUAGGGAAAUUUACUCCACCAAUGUUACUUAAAUCUACAAAAACUAAUCCUGCUCCAGGACAAGCUGGCUGUUCGUUACCUGCUCAUCAAAGUUCUUCCGUGCAUUUAUCCCCGAUAUCUUCGCAGUCAGUUCACAAGACUCCGAAUACUUCACCCAAAGCUCCACACAGAAAACCAGUUCCCGAUAAUUUACAAAGUGGUAGCGGUAAUAGCAUGCUAUCACCUCAUAAUGUUAGCCACGUAACAUCGCAACGUCAUCCCGCUCAAAAUGCCACAAAGACAGCUACCACAAUUGGAAAUGUUCAAGUGCCACCUCAAAUCCAACGUGCCGCGGCUCUAGUAUCCCCUGGGAGAGCACCACGGGAAAAAGAUCCUAGAAGAUUACCUCAGCAUUAUCCACACUUGAAUUUCUUAAAUGAACAGGACGUGUCUUCGGAACAUGGUCCUUUCUCGGUGAUUGUAGAUAGCGAUGAUAGGCAUGACGUUGAAAACAAUAAUAAUGGAGUUUUUGGGAUACGUAUUAAUGAAGAAUGGUCGGAGAUGAAUGGUACUCGACUUGGGGAUGAGCGAUAUCGUAGUAACAGUGACGAACAACAACAUCGAGAAGAGCAUUAUCAUCAAGUCAGGACAUCAUCGUCUACUGAUGCUUCGAUAAAACGAGGGGGAGAAGGUCAAAAUAUAACAAUCAACAAUAACGAGAAGAGACUUCGUGGAGAUGGCGGAAUGCAGAUGCCCGGAUCUUUACCGAACGGUGGAAUUGAUGAUAGUAUUAUUGUUAGCGGUGCAAAUGUUUUGCCGCUUCAUUUAUCUCCUGCACCUUUGAGGAAUUUUAGAAAUUCCCCAAAUAUUUACACGCCACCAAAUUCAGCCCCAUAUCAAACUCAUGCACAAGGACAACUUCAUCUAUUGCCGCUUCCAAGCAAUAUGAAUUAUCAGCAAAAUUUUGCACCACCACCACCUCCUUAUCCAAUACAACCACAAUCUCAAUUUACAAUAUCACCAACAACAUCAUCAAUAGCAACAAAUUCCACUGUUCCAACUGAAAAUAUUAAUAACAAUAAUAAUGUUAAUGCUAAACAUUCGGAGCGUGAGAAGCAUCAUCGCCAUCAUCAUCGAUAUAGCACAAAUGGUGUUGUGCAACAACAUAAUACGAAGAAAUGCCGCACACGGGCAGUAGGCCAAAGUUUAAUCGAUGCGAUGUUACUAGAAAUGAGCGGCCCCAGCGAAGCUCCAAAGAAAGUAACUCUUAAAAGUUGUGACGAACAUGAAUUUAAAGUUGAUAUACCAGUCGCAAGUCGUUCCAUCUUGCUCAAAAACAUGAUUGAAGAUGUUGGAGAGACCGACCAAUCCAUCCCUCUGCCUAACGUUAACGAGAAGGUCUUAAAAAAGGUGUUGGAAUGGUGCGAGCAUCAUGUUAAAGAUGCUCAACCAACCAACGAUGACGAUGAUUCUCGUCGACGAAAUACGGAUAUCGAGGACUGGGAUCAGAAAUUCCUUAAUGUCGAGCAAGAUAUGUUAUUUGAAAUAAUUUUGGCCGCCAACUAUUUGGAUAUUAAACCAUUGCUCGAUAUCGGAUGCAAAACUGUAGCUAAUAUGAUCAAAGGGAAAUCACCCGAAGAAAUUCGUGCCACAUUUAACAUCGUCAACGAUUUCACCCCCGAGGAAGAAGAGCAAAUCCGUAAAGAAAAUGAGUGGGCUGAAGAUCGAUAA